AUGCCUGUGGACCACUUGGAUGGGCUCCGGCGCAGCAGAGCAGGCGCAAGAGGCGCAGUGACCCGCGUCGUCAACCGUCUGCGAGAUUGUCCUAGCGCAGAGGUCACAGCCGAGGGCAUUGAAGUGGACCUCGACUUCUUGGUCGCACUAAAGGCCGCGCUUCACGACUUGGACCUCCAGAUCUUGGCGCUCACGGAGGAUGACAAGUACGACGACGAGGUGCAGGGCAUACUCGACUGUGAGCAGCAGUUGGAGGCCGCGAUCACAAGAGCGAAACGAAUGCUACGAACCACGUCAGCGGCAACGGUGCCAGCGCCGGGCGCCUCCACGGUCGCGCAGGGCGACGCGACGCGGAGCUGCCCAACGAGCCGAGCUGUAUCGUUGCCAAAGCUGCAAAUACCGAAGUUCGGGGGCAAGUUGCAGGACUGGGCCCGCUUUUGGGAGCACUUUCAGGCGACCGUCCACGACAACCAUUCAUUGGCCGCGGUGGAGAAGUUUAAAUAUCUUCUAUGCUACGUCACCGACGACGCCAAGCGUAGCAUCGACGGGAUCAGCCUAAGCGGUGCAAACUACAACGUGGCCGUCGAAGCUCUAAAGCAACGCUUCGGUCGCACAGAUCUUCUGGCAGCGGAUCACAUCGAUAAGCUACUUGCGCUUCGGGCGAUCCACAGUAGCGAUGUGAUACAGCUCCGGCACUUAUUAGACGAAGUUUUCCGCCACACACGUGCUCUGGAAGCGCUGGAAAUUCCGCUGUCCAGUUAUGAAGUGGUGCUGUACAGGGUCGUAUCUCGAUGCCUGCCUCCAGAGCUCUUCGUGCAGUUUCGGCAAAGGAGAAAGGAACUGGUCGCAUCUGCCGACGCGAGCGCUACGGCGCCGCCCACGGACGCGACGUCAGCCUCACCAUCAGCAGCAACAGAGGUUAAGGCGCUGAUGGACUUCACGCGCGCGCUUCAUGGAUGGCGCGUUCACGUCGAAGCGCGAGAGGAGGCUGCGCUUCACCGACCACGGCCUUCCCAUCAAGACCACGCGGAUGAUGAGGUGCCAAGCCCCUUGCCAUCGGCCGCUGCACUCCCAACCGUAGUGAGCUCUGCCCCCGCCACCGUCGUCGCCGCAGAGCCGUCGUCGCAAGCUCCUGAACCGCCAGCGUGCGCCCUUUGUCGGACCGCUGAUCACCGCAUUGCAGCUUGCUCAGCAUCUCUCACACCGGAGGAGAAGCGCCGGCGCCUCGCUUCAGAGCAUCGCUGUUUCCGGUGCGCGAGGCGCAAUCACAUCGCCCGGCGUUGUCGUUCGGCUGGAAGCCUGAAGUGCGGUAAAUGUCAGGGGAAACACCUGACGGUGCUCUGUGAUAUACAGCCUCAGGCGAACGGUCGGAGCGCAGCAGCCGCGCCAGUGUCGGUGCCAGCAGUCCAGGCCACAGCAGCCUCAACGUCCUCAACCAUUACGUUCUUGCAAACAGCCACAGCGACGAUAUCCGGUCCCGGUGGGUCUGCAGAGGUGAGAGUCUUGCUCGACACCGGAAGCCAAAGGACAUUCGUCACCGAAGACUUUGCCCGACAGCUUCGCUGCCCCAUUCAGUCUUCGGAAGGCCUGUCCAUCUUUGCGUUUGGCUCAACGCAGGCCUCCACAUUCCGAACGUACGACAGGGUCUCGUUGUGCGUUGCUGGUUUAUGCCAGUCAUUGGAGGUGGAUGCCCUCGCCAUCCCGCACAUCUGUAGAUCGCUCAGCCCUCCAGUAGAUGCCCGAAUCACAGAAGUACUAAAGCACCGCGGUCUCCGUCCCGCGACGACUUCAUGCGCCUCACAAAACGUUGAUCUCCUCGUCGGUGCGGACCACUACUGGCGUUUCGUGUCAGGGAAGAUAAGAGCGCCUCCCCAAUGA